AUGUUGCAGAGGGCGGCAAGCAACGCGUACUCCUGGUGGUGGGCCAGCCACAUCAGGACAAAGCAGUCGAAAUGGCUUGACAACAGCCUCCAAGAGAUGGAGGAGAAGGUGAAUUCCAUGAUGAAGCUCAUAGAGGAGGAUGCAGAUACAUUUGGAAAGAAGGCAGAGUUGUACUUCAGGAGAAGACCGGAGCUGAUGAACUUCGUAGAGGAGAUUUAUAAAGCUUACAAAGCUUUGGCUGAUAGGUAUGACAGAGUAUCAGGAGAACUGCACAAGGCCAACCACACCAUAGCAUCGGUUUUUCCUGACCAGGUCGAGCUUGCAAUGCAAGAUGAUGAGGACGAUAGCUCUCCCAAGGCGAUCGCUUCAAUAGAUCUCAGUAAAUUUCCUAGGCCAACACAAGGCCUGCAGUUUAGCAUCGUAAACAAAGACAACCAUGACUACACCGCACCGAAGCGACAAUAUCAUAGGAGGAUAAGCUCUCAAAUUAGCAAGGAGAAGGCACAGGAAGAUAUAGAGAGGCUUCAGAAAGAAAUCCUUGUACUGCAGACCGAAAAGGAAUUCAACAAGAGCUCUUACGAGAGCACCUUAACCCGGUACUUGGACAUCGAAAGGCAAAUCGCUGAACUGCAGGAGGAAGUUUGUAGUCUGCAGGACGCUUUCAGUGCCAGUGCUAUCAUCGAAGACAAUGAAGCUCGGGCGCUGAUGGCAGCAACAGCCAUUAAAUCCUGCGAGGAUAGCUUACUUAAUCUUCAAGAACAACAAAAGAUUACCACUCAAGAGGCGAGAAUGGAGUCAGAAAGAAUUAAAGAAGCUGAGUUGCAGCUGAUAACUCUCAAAGGCAAGUGUUGCGAAUCAGAGGUGGAGACUACAGAGACGUCGUCUGAUGAGAAUAUACAGCAGGAAUGCACCAUUGUAGAAACAGAAGAUUUUGGCGUUCUAAAAGAGGAGAAGCUGGAAUUGGAAUCAAUGUGCCAGAAAGUAAAGGAACACUUUGAGAUGAGGUCUGAAUCAUCUGUUGUCGAACUGGCAGAAAAGAUUGAUGAACUCGUAGAUAAGGUCAUUAGUUUAGAACUCACUGUUUCAUCACAGACUGCACAGAUCAAGAGGCUGAGAUCAGAGACGGAUGAACUACAAGAGCACCUACGAAGCCUGGAAGAAGACAAGAUGGUCUUAGUUGACAAUUCAAAUAGCUUAACGGAGAAGUUAAAGCAGGCAGAAGAUGAAUUGCAAAGAAUUCAGUAUCUCGAGAAAUGUCUACAGAACGAGAAAGGCAUUCUUCGGCAAGAAUUUAUAGAAGCCUGCCGUAGCCUUGGUGAUCUUUCUGAGCAGUUGCAGUCACCGACAUAUCAAGAGUCUGCAAACAACGUUGCUGCGUCGCAGGAUGGAGGAAGUAGUGUUUCCAACAACAACAUAUCAGAUUUUGAAGUCGGUGUACAACUUCAACAGCCAGAUGAUGGUCCAGACUUGCAGAACUCAGUACAAAAUGGGUUAGAAGGCGGAGAGGAGGUCUUAUUAGCCGCCGAGUACACAUCUAUUGUUCACAAUUAUAAAGACACCAAACAGAGGCUUGCGGAGAUUGAGAGAAAAAACCAGGAAUAUCACUUGGAGACGAUGGCACAGGUAAAGGAACUGAAGAGUGCCAAUGUCAUGAAAGAUGAGGAAAUUCGACUUCUAAAAGAGAUACUGAAUUCCUUACAGGCUAGUCUAAAUGUAAAUGCACCAAGAAUCAUGGAAAAGUCUAGGUAUCAAGUCGAUGAAAAUGUGACCACAACAAAUGCAGCAUUUGAUGAUGAUUCUGAAGCGACUAAAACCACUCUUGCCGAAGACAGCAUCCAGUUAUGCCAGGUCGGGGAGCCACAAACUUCUUCGGCCAUCGAAGAUAAAUUUAGAACAGACAUAGAUACACUCCUCGAAGAGAACCUGGAUUUCUGGUUAAGGUUCUGCACAUCAUAUCAUCAAAUUCAAGAAUUCCAGAAAACCUUCAAGAACCUCAAAUCAGAUAUCGAGAAGUUGAACGAAACAACAAAUCAGGAGGGUGACGAGGAGGAUGAGAAUCAGGGAACGCUUCCAGUUGACAGAAGGUUAAGAGAACUAAACACCGAGCUCCAAGUUUGGUUGGAAAAGAAUGCAGUGUUAAACGGAGAACUCAAGUGCAGGUUUUCAUCUCUUUGCAGCAUUCAAGAUGAGAUAUCAAGAGUCUCAAAGGCAACUGAGAGCGAAGAAGUCCGUUUCAUUCCAUACCAGGCUGCCAAGUUCCAAGGGGAGGUACUCAGCAUGCAGCUGGAGAACAACAAGGUCGCCAAAGAACUGCAAGCUGGUUUGGAUUAUGUGAGGGGCCUUCAGGUGGAGAUCAGUUGGACUCUGUCGAAACUUAAUAAGAACUUCGAGUUAGCUGGAUCAAGAUAUAACCAGCAGAAUAGCCACCAACACCACCCCCUUAGGCAUCUAUCCACCAAGACUCGGGUGCCAUUGCGAACGUUCCUCUUCGGAACAAAGCCUAAGAAGCCUUCAAUAUUUUCAUGCAUGAACCCCGCAUUGCAUAAGCAGUACAAUGGUCUACGAUCCAGUCUUCCUAGAUGA